AUGGCGGACCAUUCACAACUUCAGCAGGAAAAGGAGUCGACAGGGGCCUGUCUCGAGCCGGUCGAGACUGGCACCUCGUACCAGCCCCCCAAGAUAGGGACAUGGCGGCGUCGCCUGAUCAUGCUUUCCCUAUGCUUGACCUUAUUUCUCAGUGCGCUUGAUAUCACCAUCACUUCGACCGCUCUGCCGACUAUCGCCAAUCAACUCGGUGUCACCGCUCGAGAAUAUGCCUGGAUCGGUAGCGGCUACACCCUGUCCACGACGGCGUCGACGCCAGUCUGGGCAAAGCUCUCAGACAUUUUCGGUCGGAAGCCCACCAUAAUGGUCUCGACGGCAAUAUUCAUGGGAGGCAGUCUUGUCUGUGCCCUGGCCCAUUCAAGUACGACACUCAUCGCCGGGAGGGUGGUCCAGGGGCUUGGUGGUGGGGGCUCCACUGUGCUCAUCACCAUCAUCAUUGGCGACCUCUUUGCCCUCGCAGAGCGCGCGAAAUACUACGGCCUCACAGGUAUUGUUUUCGGAAUUGCCAGUGCUGUUGGACCUGUGCUAGGUGGCAUCUUUGCACAAGCCGUUAGUUGGAGAUGGUGCUUUUACAUCAACCUGCCGUUCGAUGCCGUCGCAUUGGUCGUCCUCUUUUUCACGCUCAAAAUCGACAUCGAGAAAGAGCCCGUUGUGGAUGGACUGCGCAGCCUUGACUGGAUGGGAUUCGUCCUCAUCAUCGGGGGCACCAUCUGCUUCCUUUACGGACUCGGGGCCGGAUCUGGUGGCCUUGCGCCCUGGAACUCAGCUCUAGUCAUUUGCUUGAUAGUCUUUGGAGUCGCAAUCUUGGCUCUAUUUAUGGCUUGGGAGGCCAAGUUUGCCAAAACGCCCAUCAUCCCCCUCCGCAUUUUUCAGAGCACGACGAAUAUCGCCUCGUUCACGGUUGCGUGUUUACACUCGUUCAUCUUUAUCUCUUACGACUUCUUCCUCCCACUUUACUUCCAGGUCAUUCUUGGAUUUAAACCCAUUAUAUCUGGAGUCACGCUUUUUGCCCUUAUCCUUCCGAUGUCCUUUGUAACGCUGCUUGGAGGGUAUAUCGUCCGCAGGACAGGCAACUUCAAGAUUCUCAUCACCAUUGGAGCUGGCCUGAUGACGUUAGGCACCGGGUUAUUCAUUGAUCUUUCUCAGACUGUCCAGUGGGCCAAGAUCAUAGUCUUCCAGUUUAUCGCUGGUAUGGGAUCUGGAGUGCUGUUCCAGAACCCCAUGAUUGCCCUGCAGAGUCAUGUCCACCACAAAGAUUUGACGGCGACAAUGUCAGCAUACACGUUUCUACGAAGCCUCUUCACGUCGAUUUCUAUCGUUGUGGGAACAGUGCUGAUCCAGAGGACUGUCGGUGGUGGGAACUUGACGUCUGUCUCACACGACGAGGGAUCUGCUACCACUGAUAAACAAGACUACAUGGACGGCUUGCGUAUCAUGUGGGCAUUCUACACAUCCCUAGCGGGGGUUGUGUUUCUCGUAUCUUUUCUCAUCAAGCCCAAGAAAAAUAAAAAGAUGGAUCAUGUUGAGUCAGGCUCAAAUUAG